AUGGAUAACAACCGAAGCGCUCGUGCGAUGAAACGACCGAUACCGCCUUCGGGGGCAAACGAAUGUACCAGAAAGAAACAUCAAGGUGAACGCCAUCAGAACUUGGAAACGGCCGCUGAACCCCGCCCAAGCGCUGUGCCUUACCCCAACGCUGUGUCCUACCCGAACGCUGUGCCUUACUCCAUCGCUGAUUUGCCCGCUGCUGAUAGUGUGGAUGGCAAUUUUAGUCAAUUACACAAGGCUGAAAGUAUGUACUUGCAGCUUCAAACUCUUUACCAACUGAUUGAUGCGUUUGACGUACCCGAUGGUGAUAUCGAGUCGUUGAAUGCGUUGAGAAAUUUUAAGAGCAAUAUAAAGUAUGACUUUCUGUUUGGCAAGCAGUUUAAAAACGUUACCAGUGGAAGUACCUCGCAAAAGGAUUGGGACCAAAUUGGUGGUUGGGAUGGGAUUGUGAAGCGUCUAUUAGAAGUGGUUGAGGAGAUUUCAAACCCCGAACAAGCCCCAUUACCGAUAAUUCCUAACCUGUCGGUGUACGUUGUUGACUGUUCACAAGAAGCUUCUGAUACUAAACCCAUCCCUCCGUUCCUCAAAGCGUCUUUUGGUAGUUAUCCCGAAUUUACGCAAAACGAGUUGAGACGGAAAAACUUCUACGCCGUAUCCAACCCCGCUUUCAAACGUGAAAUGCAUGUGCAACUUUUGCAGACCAAAAAUCUACAUGCGUUUAGCGUGGAUUUCUCGCCGAACGGUAGAUUAUACGCCCUUGGAUGCAACGGCAAUGCCUAUGUAUUCAAUGCGGACUCUGGGAAUCAAGUUGCUAAAAUAAGCAGCACGGGCGUAAUCAGUUCAAUAAGCUUCUCGCCUGAUGGCAAAUAUUUGGCCAUGGGUGGAGAUCUGGUCAAAGUUUGGGAGUUCUCAGACAACGAACUCGACAGCAAGAGCAAAUUCAUCUGGAAAAUGCCAUACAGCGAUAGCAAUAUCAAGCACAAUUUCUCGGUUGCUUUUAUUGAUGGCAAUCGGUUAGUGUAUGGACUGUCUAACAAUACCAUAACGGUUCGGCGCUUAACUUUGGGGAUUGAGAAUUCAUGGCCAACUGUCACUGGAGUUAACCAUGUGGCUGUACUGACUGGUAAAAAAUAUAUCGCCGCUGGUUUGAUGGAUGGUACCGUAAGGGUGUAUAAAGUGAAUGCUUCUUAUAGGGAGUGUGCAUGUUUUGGCGACGCGAAUGGCAUACCAGUUUAUAACGUUCGAUUCACUAAUGGGGAUAAGCAUGUUCUUUCGUGUUCUGGAAGUACUCUGAAAGUAUGGGACCUUGAAAAUUACGGAAACACUCAAGCGCUGCAGUGUAAAGUUGCCUUCGUUGGACACAAGACGCCUACAUUGUCAGUUUGUGCGACGCAAAAUAGCGGAUUGAUUGUGCUGUGCUGCGAAAGCGGGGAGAUUAUCCUCUUUCACCAGAAAAGUGGAAACGUCCAACUACAACUCAAGGGUCACGACAGCAGGGUGAGAGCGAUAGCAGUCUCCCCUGACUCUAUGGCUAAUGAGGUUUAUUUUGUUAGCGCGUCAAUGGACGGUACCACGAAGUUGUGGAGAAUCAUGCGUUUUCCAAAACCAGUACCAUGGUUCGAUAUCUGUAAUGAACGGCUUAUUAUGAAAACCGCAACUCAUAUGGUGGAUGGUAUUGACAAUCUGGAAAACCCAAACAAUCGAAGAGCCGAAUGGUCGGGCAAUAUAUCGACCGAGUAUGUGCUUUCAAAGAUUCUUCAAAUCUUAUACCCAGGGUCCAGCAAAAGCUCUCUCUCGCAAAGAUGCCUGUACCUCCUUUGCAAUAGGCAGCUCGCCAUUAUUCUGAGAAUGUAUGGAUUGCCUUUCGAUGUUAAUCCAGAACAAGAACAUGUAAAAUUUAUUCUGGAAACUGAGAAGCCUCAUAGCGAUUUGGUUAGGGCUCACUUCGGAUAUGCUUACAAAUUGCAUUAUCCAUACGAAUAUCGACUUUUUGAAAUUUUCUUGAAGCUUUUUUUCCCCAAAAUUGUGCAGAUGGAAGGAAACCUGGAGUGGAAGUUUGUCUAUAAAGAAGCCAUCAGCUCACUUGAAGAGCAUUUACUGGGUCGGGUGCGAUUUGAAGUUGUUGGAAGGGGCGACGGCUAUUGGUGCCCACAUAUUGUCCAUUGUCUCGUCGACAACAGAGUGGAAGCUGUGGUGAAAGCGUGUUCUGAAGAAGACGCAAAAUUGAAAGCUGCUGACAUGGUGCUUAAGCAGCGGGGUCUCCCAAUCUUGAAAGGCAAGAGACAUGUUCAAGGAUGA